CGCCGGAGGACCGUUUCGCCUCCUUCUGGGCUUUCUCUCUCUUCCUCUCUUUCUCUCUCUAAAAAUUCCACGACGACACCGAGACGGGGAGAGAUGGGGCGGGGACCGGGUUGGGGUGGAGACAUGGGCAGCGAGCGGUGAUUUUUGCCCAAAUCCACGCGUUUCUCAGGCUUCCUAUUUAAAGCCCUUCCCUUGUUCCCCUCGAUCCGAUAUUGUCGAUUUCGCCGAGGCUCCUCUGCCCGAGAUUUGAUCGAGCAGAGGGGAAGAGGGGAUGGAUUUGAUCGGUUUUUGUUUCUCCUAAGGGGCGUUCUUUGUCUCCUGUAUUAACUGUCCCUUGGCUUGGAGCUGUUGUUGAUCGCUGCAUUUGGCAACUCAUAAUUAGGGGUCGGGAUUGGGAUUGAGGGUAGAUUGAAGUCGAUCGGAGGGCAUCGAGGGACUUAAGAGGAGGAAUCGGGUGGACGUGGAGGCAAAUGAUGCCGGUAUUGAAGAGCAAAUUGGCUGACGAGGAGGGGUAUUACUUCCCUGUGACACCGGGGAAGGGCUGGUCGUUUGGUCUGAUGAAGUUCGUCUCCAUUCUGGUUGUUUUCAUGGCGGGGGCGGUGUUGGGCCUCUCGGUAAGCGCCCAUUUCAAGCAGUACUUCAAUUCGCAGGCCGAUCUCUUCUUUCCGAAGACCAUGUACACGGCGAAUUGCGACAAGGAUUGCUUGAGCAUCAAGAGCUUCGUGAAGCCGACGCAUUUGAUGCAUAGCAUGACGGAUGAUGAGCUCUUCUGGAGGGCGUCGAUGGUGCCCAAGGUGGAGGAUUACCCCUUCGAGAGGGUGCCCAAGGUGGCCUUCAUGUUCAUGACGCGGGGGCCUCUGCCGUUUGUGCCCCUGUGGGACAAGUUCUUCAAAGGCCAUGAAGGGUUGUACUCAGUUUAUGUGCAUGCACUUCCCGACUACAAGCUCAAUGUCUCAGAGGAUUCUGCCUUCUAUGGCCGCCAAAUCCCCAGCGAGGAGGUUUCAUGGGGUUCCGUUACACUGGUAGAUGCGGAGAAGCGUCUCUUGGCCAAUGCUCUCCUGGAUUUCUCCAACGAGCGGUUUGUUUUGCUCUCUGAGAGUUGCAUUCCAGUAUACAAUUUCCCCACUGUUUAUGAGUACCUCAUAAACUCGGAGCACAGCUUCGUCGAAUCCUAUGAUGAGGAUUCACCACAGGGCCGUGGCCGUUACAACCGCUACAUGGCCCCUCAUAUCAAACUCUAUCAAUGGAGAAAGGGGUCCGAGUGGUUCGAACUCAACCGUGAAUUGGCUGUGACUAUGGUUGCAGACUACAAGUACUAUGCCCUCUUCAGGAAAUACUGCAAGCCAUCUUGCUAUCCUGAUGAGCACUACAUCCCUACUUAUCUGAACAUGUUCCAUGGGUCUCUGAAUGCGAACCGGAGCUUGACUUGGGUUGACUGGUCAAGGGGAGGGCCUCACCCAGCAACAUAUGGUGCCCCAAGCAUUACAGCAGGUUUCAUUCAGGCAAUAAGAAAUAAUGGGACCUUCUGUAUGUACAACUCGAGGCCGACUUCAAUCUGUUUCCUCUUUGCGAGGAAGUUUGCUCCAAAUGCACUGGAAUCCCUACUCAACCUCACUUCGACAGUAAUGGAUUUCUGACUGACUUUGUUCGGCACUCUGAUUUUUUGCCUUCAGGAGACACUCCAUCCUCUUCUGACCGAUCAGGGUGGAAUCAUUCUUAUACCACCCCUGUGGCAUCCUUGCUGCCUCUGUAUUUGGAUUAGGGGUGAGUCUUGGAUCGUUUCUGGUGGAUGGUGUAGCAGAUUGGGUGGCAGGCAGUCCCCAAGUCGCUUCAUGGAGGAUGAGAAGGUCCCUGACAUGGAACUUCAGUUUCUUAUUCAACAUCCUCAUUUAUUUUUGGUUUUGUAGGUCUUCUAAUGCAUUUGUUCAGAUACUAAUCUGUGAACACGAACUCAAUCAUUCAUUGUGUCAUUAUUUUAAGUUCAACAAUGCCAGCGGCUUCGAUCUCUUCGAUGUUGCUAACAGCUUAAA